GAGAGGAUGCCUGGGCCCCUUACACAUGUGAUUCCGGCUUAGACUUCUGAUUUCUAGAAACAAUACCCCAGAAGCAAGAUCUCCCUUUCACAAUGUGCAAACACAUCCUCAACGCUCAAGUGUCGAUCCGCUCGCCAUGCUGCCGGAAAUGGUUCGACUGCGUAGAAUGUCACCAAGAGUCCGAAAACCACCCGCUCCUGCAAAAGUUUGAAAUGACCUUUGCCUGCAAGAAGUGCAAAAAGUGCUUCCGCAAGGACGCCCAGGAGUUUGAGGAGGCCGACGAGUACUGCCCGCACUGCGACAACCACUUUGUGCUCGAGGCCGUGACGCCCAAGGCGGCCAUCACGGUCGAGGGCGCCGACGUGCGCGUCGACAGCCGCAUGAUCAAGGACGAACGGGUCAAGCAGGCGCCUAAGAGGACCAUUUUUGAUCCGGAUGUGGAGGCUGAUAAGUUGGGCUGAUUUUUCAAACGGGAGGGGGAGUUGGGAGGGGGGGGAGCGGAGCUGGGAUGGACAGAGCGAUCAAAAUUUACAGUAAUGACAAGAUACCCAUACAUAGCGAAGGCGGGAUACUAGAGGAAAAUAUGGACAGCCGGGGGCAUUUAGAUGUCAUGUGCAUUGCUCGCCAUGUCGGGUUCAUGGUAUAAUCUUACACGUAAAAGGAGGGUCUUGCUUCAA